GUCGUGACACAAAAAAACAUAAUUAAGCAUAUGGUUCUAAACGAUUUAGGGUCACACCGUAAUUCGCCAAAACAAAAGAUUUUAAAUUUCGUACAAUUUCAUCAGAUUUCUUAGAAGUCGACCGACGUCUUUGCUGAUUAUUUCCAUAUCAGUCGAUAAGUUGAGAUGAUGGGGUCCAGACCGAUCCUCAGCCUAAGCUGGCUGUUUCUUCUUCUGUGUAGUACAGUAUGUUCUGCACAUACCAACCUCGAGAUCAUGAAGCGAAUGCUAGAUGACAUGGAUGAAAAAGUCGAACCAUGUCACAAUUUCUACAACUCCUCCCAAAAGAAUCUCAAGUGGCAUGCAUUUGCGACGGUGAGCGAUAAGUUCCAACUCCUCUUCGACGGAAUUGAGAACGAGGUGUUCGAGAAGCACAGCUUCGAGGAAAAAUUGCAGCGUCUAUACAAAAUCUGUUCGACCAUGGAGGGACCCAGUCUUCUGAGGUAUUUUGAGCUGGUGAAGCCGGGAGAAGAUCUCAACUGGCCCUUUCUGACACCCUGAGGAGGCGAGUGGCCCAAGGAGAAGUUUCAGUGGAUGGAGGCACUGGCUCGCCUUCGUUGGUACGGCUACAAUGACAUCAUGUUUGGAAUGAGUAUAAGACAGGAUCCAAACAGUGGGGGGCAACCAAUAGUGGUUUUUGAAAAAAAGUACAAUUUUCUGUUCCGUUUCAUAGAGUCGCUGCAAAAUAUUGGUCUGCCACCCAAAUUGGCAAAGGAGAUAGCGCCUCUGGAUAAUGCACUACAAGAAAUGUACAGAAAAGAUAUGAGGUUUGAACACUAUGUAAGCGAUGCAGCGCCAGUGAAACGGAUUAGUCUACGGCGGUUGGAAAAUUAUGGGGUGUCCCUAACCAAGUAUCUGGAGAUCGUCUUCGGACGCCCCUUUUCGCCGGAUUUUGUAGUGCAUGUGGAGAAUCUGUACUACUUUCGGGAGCUCCAGAAUUUGAUGACUGCCGUUCGGAGCCAGGUGGUGGCCAAUUAUCUAACGGCACGCUUCAGCUUCUAUACAAUGUUCACGUUCAUGAAGCAUGGAGCUUCAUGCGUCCAAUCCAUGGAAUUCGCCAGCAAUCUGCUGUUCGAGGAGAGAAUUCUGGGCGGCAAGAUAUUUGAUGCCAUACGCCAGCAGCUAAACAUCCGUCUCGAAAGGAACGCCCUUGAGCUGCCGCCCGCUAAGAUUUCCUUACUGCAGAAGAAGUUAAAUGGCCUGAGCCUGAGCAUCGGCAAUCUGACGGGAAAGGCGGGCCAUCGCCGUUUCGUUACCCGUUACUACAAGGAUCUUGAAUUUGCGUACGACGAGGAACUUGCGACUGCUCACCUAAAGGUUUUGGAGCACCGAACGCGUGCCGAACUAAGCUUACUGGACCAACCGAACUUCAAAGACCGGCGAUACAUGCUCCACUCAUAUCCCAUUUCAAAUUUCUUCUUCGAAACUGCGUAUGAGGAAAAUGGAAAUACGAUUUAUGUGGCCUACGACUUCCUGGCAGAUGCUUCAUUUGAUCCCGACAGCCACGACAUCUUCAAAAUGACUCCCUUGGGCAUUCGCUUUGCCCUUGAGAUGUUAAAAAGUCUCGAUCUUUUUAAUUGCAAACAUCAUAAGGUCAAUAUGCUCCAAUUGUUCGACGAUAACCACAUUAUUACCGCCGGCGAUGACUGUGUAAGCGCAUGGACCCAAGACAAUAUGCUUAGCCAACGCGACCAGUACCUCGUUGCGCUCCAUUUGGUCCACGAAGCCUACUUCGCAGAAGGUUCCAAGUUCAGCCAGAGGCAGCCCAACUUCACCACCAUGUCUCUGAGGGAAUUGUUCUUCUUCAGAUUUGGCCAGAGUUCCUUCGGGGAAACCCUGUAUUCCCGCAGCGAUUUCGUCGAGGGCGGUCCGCCCAUAAAUUCCCUGACCAGGCUGCCUGAUUUUGUCCAGGCCUUCAACUGCUUGGCUCCAUGGGAGCAGCUCACCACCACCCAGCAAUGUACAUAGUUAUAAGAUACUUUUUAUUCCAGUACAUGCUAGAUAUAUGUACUGGGAUAACGACAAAUGAAUGCAUUUACUACAUGGUCUACCUCAUUUUACAAAGUGAUACCAUAGAAUAUAUGUAUUUUGUACGAAACCAUUCGAAUAAAUGUUCAAUUGUUGCCGAGACAACAAGACAACAAUUACAAUUUAA